AUGCGCAUGUUCAGAGAGGCGUUCCACCGCGCGCUCGCCCGCAUACGGGAGAGCUACUCGGACGAGGACUUCGAGAAGGACUUCGCGUGGCUCGAGGACACGGAGGACAAGAUGCUGGUGUACGGCGUGUUGAAGCAGGUGCUGCGGGCGGGGGAGGGGAACGCGCAGUCGGAGUUCGAGGACGUCGUGGCGGAGUACCAGCUCGGGCAGAAGCUGAACAACAUCGACGCGCUCUGUGCGGAGAACGGCCUCACGCAGGACGGGCUCCCCGCGCUGGCCACGCAGGUGGCGCAGGGGCCCGGACCCGCGGCGAGCACGCUCACGGCGCGGUUCCGCGCGCAGCUGCGCGAGCGCGACGAGCUGCGCGCCCUCGCCGACCGCGAGGAGGCGGAGGAGCGCGAGGCCGAGCGGCAUCUGCAGCGGCGGCGAGACGCGGUGCUGGGCAUGGCUGCGCGCCUUGGCCCAGUGGGGGACCAGCUGGCGGCGGUGCACCGCGCGUCGGCCGCGUGGGUCGACCGGCCACCCGUUGAAUGA